CUUUCUUUGCGAAGAACAACUUCUAAGUGUCCUUGUUCGUUAAUUGCAUUUAGGUUCUGAAGUAACACUUGAUUCUACCCAUUCGAUCCUUCAAGCUUAAUGUACUUUUUCUCAGACGUUUCAUCUCUAGGUGCUGAAUGGCAGAUAAAAAAUUGGUGAGGGUCGAAAACGUCACUAAAGUGUCGGUAUUGAAACCGCUUUAUUCGAACAUGAAGGUUUCAUCACCUUAUGCACGCUUUUUGUCUUGGUAACAGAUAUAUCCUUUUGUCGGUAAGAUUGUGUUUGCUCUUCAAAUAUUUUUACAAAGCAGUAACCCUGACUCUCCCAUGGUUACAAGUUAGGGCAAGUCAAGAUACAGAAUGGUGUGAUCCUGAUAUAAUGUAAUACGGAUAAGUUAGUCGCUCUACAGAAAGUAGAAAGGACUAUUUUCACUAACUUUAUGAUUAUUUUACGUCUGUUCGAAAGCUCUACUCCAUUUUUCUAACCUGAAUGAAUUUAUUCAAAUAAUUGCUCCAUUUUAGAGCGCCAUACCGAUAUGUCAAGUUUAAGUCAUAAAUAAACCCAGCAAAACCCGGGCGAAUCCCCACAUAGUGUGGAUUAUUGUCCUAUUUGUAUUUUUAAAAAAUUUGGGCGAAAUAAAUUCCAAUUUAUAUUUUGAGAUUUUUAUUUUAAUAGUCACAAAAGCGGAUAUAUUUUAUCUACCUAGAUACAGUUCUCAUGCCCCUUUGAUAUCAAACAGUAAGCUUUGGACGAGUUCUAGAAGAGUUGUUACAGUAGUUCGUAGCUCAUUAUGAGUCAGUUUGCUGGCGAUCACUGUGAAAAUUUGUAGUUCCGUUCUGAAAUGCGUCGAAAAAACUAUUGAAGUCAGGAAUGCGAAUGUAGUUAUAAGAUCACAAUCAAUUAUAGCCUGGAGUCUGACUACAUAUCCCAAGACGACUCAGGCUACUCUUCAAGUUGACAUCAUUGUGCAUGCUACAAAUCUUCUAACAAACGCUCCUGAGAGACAAGAAAUACACACCAAAAAUGCUUAAGGUGAACUCCGGUCCAGAAAUAUUGUUUUCCAAAUAUGUGUAGGUUAAAAAUGUAAAUGCUCUUUGAUUCAAUAUUUGGAGGGCUACUCAUUUUGGACGGAAAUGGCAUGACCAACGAGCUUGCGUUGAAGUCACACCUCACGGUUCAUACUAAAAAGUGGAUAACUCCUUGUCGUGUCCAGCUACUAUGGUCACUCUGAUGAACAUACAACACAAGAAACGCUAUUGCAGAAAUGCAUGGAUAAGAGUGGGUGCAAUGAAGGGUUUGUGAACAUUGCUAAAUGGGCUAUUCCAUGGCAUGCAAGUCAAUGAUGAUCGUUGGAUAUCUCUGACAUUGACGAGGACUGGUAAACUGCCCGAUAUUCAGUGAUCCGACAGGUAGAUUAUUUGGCUGAUGUCUAACGAAAUUUUACUAACUCUACACAUGAAAAGCCUUCAAGACCAACAGCGAUUCUUGGAACAAAACCGGUAAAUGGAAAGCUGAACGAGAACAACGUCACAACCACAAAAAGCAAGGCUUGUUGUUAGAGACAACAGUUGUCACGUAGUAGGUAGUAAUGAAAGGUUUACACAUAGUCCUUUAAGUAAAAAAAUGGGCGUCCUAUCAUUAUGAGAACUUUAAAAUCUACAGCUCAGUUGAUCUUCCAUAAUUCCACCAUCUAAUACCAGUGAGAUUUUAACGUAUUCCUCAUAAAAAAUGUUAAAAAUAUAAACAUGGUGCAAGUAUGGAUACUUAAGCCAAUUGAAAUACCAUCAACGGCAACAAAACCGUAGGCUGUAUUGGUGAAAAUUCUGAACGAGAAAAUAACCAUCGUGGUUAACAAACACGGAAAAAGUGGCUGACAUUCUGCUGCAAGGCUGUCAACGGUCAGGAGAACGUAUAUUUGCUGUGAUAAAUUACCAAGUAUUUAUGCAAUGUAUGUACAUCAUACAAUCGUCUAUUUUCUCCAUCUGAACCAUCUUCUCGUCUGUUCUUCACUCGUUCUGUCAACGCCGUACAUUCGAUGUACUAUAACUCUUCUAUCCGUCUAACACUUUUUGAUACCGACAUUACGUUCUGCUACAUACUAGCUGCAAACAAUCUUGUAAGUCUCAUCAACUACACUACCAUCAGUAAACAAUCUUGAUUAGUAGGUAAGAUAAAUCCGAGAUCUUUAGUAAUGCAGUUUUUUAUUUUUACAUUUGCUCUUGCUCUUGUGGUUUGCUGGCCACUAAGUAACCCUAGUGAUAUUUGAUCUACGACCCCGCUCAUAUUGACAGCAAACAUUUGGCACGAAAUAUGGACUAGCUUUUAAAUAUAACAAAUAUAUAUAAUACGAAUGGUCGUACAAGUUACUAUGAGAUAAACAACGAAAGGAAGUUCACCAAAACAUUUCAGGAGCUGGUAAGACAAUCAAAUAUAUGAAAACAUACUACCGUCGUCUAGAUGAACUACUAGACGAACAGAUAUAUCAAGCUCAUAACACACUCAUCAUCUACUGAGACUUUUCCGUAACGUCCACAUGAAUAAGUUAAAUUUCUCAUUGUUUUAUAACAGGUUAUUACAAGUACAUUCGACACGUUACAUAUUGGAAUUCAUACGUUACUUAUACAAUUCUUGGGAUUAUUCGUGACAGCUGAUUGCUCAUGGUUGAAGAUAGUAGGGGUCUCGGUGAUUCCGUUGGACAGCAGUACUUUGGUGAUAGCGUCGUUGACAGUUCAUUUUAUUCGGACAACAUUAAGACAAAUGUUUUCAACUUUAUGGGAGAACUUAAACCGAACGUCCAUGACGUUAGUAAUUCCAUCAAGCCGCCUCACACAUCGGAAAAACGAAAACGAACGAGUCCUGUUUCGGAUAAUGUUAUACCCCACAAAUACUACCUCUGUGAAACGGCUAUGGCAAAUCAUUUUGCUCAAAUGAAUCUAACCUUACCGGUCGAUGCAUCCAAAAUUCAAGGUGAUUGCAACUCACCUUUGUUUGGUGAUUCGUCCUGCUUUCCACUUGACUCAAGUCAGAUUGCUUCCGCUCAUCACUUGUAUCAAAACUUGUCAUUGCACACUAACAAAGAAGCGGGUGUUAUUACUAUUAAUGACGAUGAGGAUAUUGAUGAAGAUGCGCAAAUCGAAAGAUCACCUUUACGAUUUUCAAAUGAUUUGAAAGAUCACUUAAGAUUUAAACGAAUGAAUCCAACAGAUACGUUCCUAAGAGGACUGUAAGUUUCUUCGUUUACUAUUACUGUUAACUGUUGCUUUUGAUAUUUUAGUACUCUAUUGUUCACCACGACCUAGCAUUGUUCGGAUAAAAAUGCAUACGUUUACAGUCGUUUUUCUUGUGGUAACAAAAUAAAUUAAACAAGGAAGCGGAAAUAGUGUGAAACAUCAUACAAUUUUACCACACUUCAGAUCAACACUGAAAAAUGUCAUUGAAAAUAAUGAUUUUAAUUUAGUUUGGGAUAGGUUGGAUUAUCCCGUGGUUGAUAUUUUGGCGUAUGUGCAACCUGUGCGGAUCUCUUCAAUAUAGCCAUUAUGACUCAAGUUAAUGUAGAAUACAUAAAAUGCGGCUAGUGGUGUAAUCUAGUACGCGCAUUUAGUCCUACUUGGGACUUGCCAGCUGGAUACACAUGCAUCCCAGAGUUGAUGCUCAUUCCGGGACUUGAACCCAGAACCGUUUGCUUUAACUCCAUCACGUUAUCCACUUAGCUACUGAGUCCAGAUAUCCCAAACUGAUCAAAUGUGAGUCAAAAUGUCAAAAAUGAGAUAGCCCAAACCGUUCCAAAUUGAAUUAAAAAUUAUACCCGUUGUACAAGUAAGUGGCUAUCUGGACUUAGUAGCUAAGUGGGUAACUAUGGAAUUUGAAGCGAACGGUAUGGAGUUCAUGUCUCUAAACGAACAUCAAAUCUAGCAAGUCCCAAGUAGGACAAAACACACGUCCUGGAUUCUACUACUAGCCACAUUCCAUCUACCCUACAUUAAUGAUCCUAAUACUUUUUAAUGAAUGAGACACUAAUUAAAUAAGUUAAGAUAACGAAUAAAGAUGUGGAGUAUCAAGUGACCUAAAUUGUAAUGAUGAUAAAUGGUAUGUGUUUCUUCAUGAUGAAAACUAUUUUCAAGCCAGUCCAGCUUAAAUAUUCGAUUAUCUCUCUCACUGUCGAUCAGCAACACUUUACAGAUUAGACCAACAGUUAGUGAAUCCAUAAGUUGUUAAUUUUGUUUAUUUAUUUGAACACAUAAACAUUGGUACAAGGGGGCACCAAAUAUAUAUGCGCCACGCAAUAACAAUGAGGCUAGUAGCAGUCAUCAUUGCUUUAUGUGAGGCCCGGGUGCCCAACCCGAAGCAGGUGGUUUUCUUAGGGUCCACACCCGGAGUCUUUGACCUAAAGGUCUAAUCCACAAGGCAGUGGAGCAACGUCAGGAGAUACGGUCCUGUGGUAGCCGAUGACCAACAAUAGGUUUAUAAGCCUUUUUCCCCUCAGGAUCCUGGAGCCCAUGUAUACUAUUGUUUUGGAAACAGGGUUUUCCAACUCCCCUAGGUGGAUCUUCCAUAUCCACUGAGCCGGUUAAAGCGCCAGACAUCCUCAUAUCGUCUUCUCAAUUUCAUAAACAACAGUAAUUUCGCGAGAAGGCAGUGAGUACAUACAUAUCUCACUCAUUGAUAUGUAUAACUACAGAAAGAAGUUAUAUUUAUUGAUAUUCACUAGAGAAAAUACUGUAUAUUCCACUUAACAAUCAAAGUUUAUUCUGAUUUCAUUCUCACCAAUCAUAAGGAAGUCUCUAAAUAGUGCGUGUUUAAGCUUCAAAUCAAUGCUAAUGCUAUGUUUAUUCGUUGUCGCACAUAUCCAGCAUCCGACGCGACCCAUGAUGUAAUCGGUAAAACAAUGUCGAAAAUUACUUUCCCUUGGUAUUCGAUGGAUAUUUCAUUCUUUAUUGACCUCUGUUUUGUAGCAUGUAACCUUAUGUGAAAAUAGAUCAUAUUUCAUUAUUUCUUUGCAAGGGAAAAUUUCAUUCUUCACCAUGCAACUCUUUUUCUUUACUAAAAUAAUGCAAUUUUAUUAGGCUUUCAUCUGAACCGUCACUCGCGAUAGUGCCGUUUAAUCCUGAUCCCCUUAAAGGUUUACUUCCGCCUAAUUUCUCAGAUCAAGAGUCAAGUGAAGAAAACUCGGACUCUAAAGUGUUACCAGAUAGUCAAGUGCUCGAUUCAUCUACUGUCUUCCCUACCAAUUCCUCUACAUUUGGUAACGUUUUGUGUAUGGAUAUCGAUUCAGAUUUCACGGGAUAACAAAAACAGUCUGGUUUUUAUUUGAGUAAGCUAAACGUUUUUGCAUUUUCCUAGUUUAUAUUAGUGUUUCACAUGCACUUGAAAUUGUUCUUGACUCCAUGGCUUAAAAUGAAAGGUAUUUAAAGAUUCAGAAUGUUAAUAACUUAUUUUCUAGUUUUAUUUAAUACCCCGCUUCUUAAUUCUUUAGCAUUAAUCAUUUAAUUACUCAAUCAUACACGAGUGUCAUAGACAAAAUACUUUUAAUCUACGGAUACUUUCUGCUGGAGUUGUUUCAUAUUCGUAAAAGAAUACCUAGCUAGUUUAUACUCAGUAUAGUGUCUUUGUGAUAGAUUGACAAUCAUCUAUCCCGCUCCACGAGUGAGACAAAUUAUGUGAAGUCAUAUGAACUUUUCAUAUUCAUGCUGAAAUUUCACCAGCCACGAAACCAAUUUGUUUGGUAAGACUAUUGACAUUGGUGGGUUGACUGACGCUACAAAGUCCUGAAACAGUAUUCUUCAAUUAUAGAAAUUGAAGCUUAUUCUAGGUAUUUUUCACUUUCUCACAAUGUGCUUAAUAAAUUACACCCGUGUCAUUCCAAAAGACAUUGGGCUUAGCUGAUUAUUAGUGGUUCUUGAUGCACAAACCUGUAUUUGGUGAGUAGAUCACAUGUUAGCACAUUAACGAAUUUAAAAACGCAAGGAUGGGGCAUUCUACAAUAGGUACAUUGAUUGUCUUACUGCAUAAUUUUAUUUAUUUUUACACCACUUUUCACACUUAUUAUUUUCUAAUUGUAACCAUCGCCGUUCCUUUUUGUCACCAGAACGUCAACAGUUCCCAACUAAAUUUGGCCAUUGAGUCAAAAUUAUAACUACCUGCUAAUCGUGUAAGAGAUAAUCUCUUUUGUGAUUCUUUUUCAUUUAAAUAAUUGUUAUGUUUUUACUCACAUAUGAAAUGUAUUUCAUUUAAUUGUUAUCUUCAUUUCUUGACAAAUUAUAAAGAAACUGUUCACAUUGUACAUAAUUGUCAUUUCCUAACGAAGUCUACCCCUGCAUAUUCAGCUCCUUCACUUAGCAUUUGCGUAAGUAAUGGUUUUUUCCCUUUGAAAUCUUUAGUUAUUAUUUGUAUUAUGGUUUCUCUAAGUCAUUUUUAUCAGUCUACAUUCUAACAAUCCGAGUGUUUUAACUUAAUGAUAGAAAAAUCGAGAAUAUAUUUCAGGAACAACUAGAGAAACAGUUAGUCAACCAUGAUUAUGAUAUCCACCCUGAGGUAGCUUUCCAUGAAAUCCAGAAUUCUUUGGAAACAGCAAUGGUAUGUGCCAGUAACUUAAACUAAAAGGUUAAAAAAUAUCAGUGGAUUUUGGCGGCGUCUACUGAACAGAUAAAUAUUUGGGAAUUCAACCUGUCAGGCUCCGAGUACGAUGAGCUCGAAAUCAACCCAAAUGUAGGCCGGCUGUAAGUAGUGACGGGUAGCGAAAGCUGAGGAGGUGGAACAGGGAACGGUUAUAAGUGACAAUAAACAACUAUCUAAGCUUAUCGAGUAAGGCAGCAUUCCGAGUAUGUUACAAUUCUCUCAAUCUGAGUGCAAAAUUUUGCUUCAAGAUUGGCUUGGGUCAGUGCGUGAAAUAAGAAUAGGAAAUGGCCUAGUUGAGCGCAUCGACUGUUUCACUUAUCCUGAGAUUCUCAUCAUUCCUGACGUAUAGUGUGUUAUAACUUGUGACCGCUGAUUAAAGAGUAGUGACUUAUCGAUCGGAUCAAUGACGCGUAAACACGUGCGAGCAGUCUAGAGCUCUGAUUGACCCUGCUUUCCAGUCUAACCCAGCCAGAUAAGUCCAGAACACAAGUCUCAGCCUCUGCGAUAUGAAUCGUUAUAUUUCAAACAUACUCUGUUUAUAUACCAAUCAAGAAGACCACAACGUACCAUAAAAUAGAAAAUAACAUUUGUACAAUAUUUGGCCAACAGGAAAAUGACACGUGAAAUAAGUAUUGACCAGUAUUAAAAUGACACAUGAAAUAAAUAUUUGGCCAAUAAGAAAGUGAUAUCAUCUCAAGUCCAAGGAUAGCAUUAGACUUAACAGAAUAAUUUUUGGGAUAUUUUUCUGAAUAUCCCAACAUAGUGUCUGACGAAAUCUCAACACGGAUCCAAAAAACCCGAUUGACUAUUAGCAACAUAUGUCACUUGUGGCGUAGACGAGAUAUCUAUCUUUAAAAUAAAUGGUGAGUUUAUUGUGAGACAGUUAACUUCGUUCUAUUUAUGAAUAUAAAACAUGGCUGUUAAUAAUAAAGAAUAUCCCCAGGUCAAUGGUAUUCAAUCAUAGGUGUCUUCCAGGCUUUGCUUGUGUAUUUUGGGACCAUCGGGUGAACAAUAGCGAUUUUAGGCAUGGGGUACCAGGUAAACAGGGCGAAUCAAUUGAUGAAGUUGUUAGUGAAUCUCUAUCAUCUAACGUGGUUAGGACAUGUGUUGUAAAUACCCAACCAUCGCCUACUUCAACGUAUGAUGUUGUCUAGUGCAGAAGUAGGCUGACAGAUAGGGGCUGCCAAACCGAGAUAUGGCACUAGUCCAUAGAGUUACUGACAAUCGAACUGUGGCAAGUUAGUAGGUGUAGGGUACCUGGUUGGGUUCCUAGUGGUUAGAGACUUUGAAUGAAAUGGUUCACAGCAGUUUACAGUAGUUUAGGUACAUCCAUUUCUCGUCUUUCCCCAGAUUUUAAGCUUUUGGAUUCUACAUAUUUUUAUUUCACCAAUUUAUAUUUUGAAUCGUAUCGUCGGUAGUUAAUUUUCUCUAUUGUCACUAAUAUUAUUACUACCUCCACCAUCUUGGGAUUUGCUCUAACAUUCUCAUCACACUGUGCUAAUGGGCUGUGGCGACCUAGACCAACGUACAUAUCUGCCAGGUUCUACGUCUCGACUGGCUAAAUAACUUUUAUUAGACUUUUACAUUAUAAAUGUCUAAACAUUUGGUAGAAAGUUAGCAGCUAGUGUUCAUUAUUCUUAUAUAAGAUUUGAAUAUUUGUUGUGGCUUAAAGUAUUUUUGGCGGAAUAUAAAUGUUGUUAGUUUGUAAGUUAAUGUUUUUUAUUUUAUGUAUUGGUACAUCGUUUAUAAAUUUAUAGACAAAUAAAUUGGUUAUCAAGAAGUUUAUUGAUAACCAAUUAUUGAAACUUGUCCACUGAAUAACACUUACAAAGAUUUGAGGAAUUAGCGAUUUCUCUUCCUUUUUAAAAAAAAAUGAAGAUCUAAGGAUGCCACAAGGAAAUAAACGUUUUAUUGUUUCAUGAAUGUAAUGCAUAACCUUUUUCGUUAGUUAUUUGUCAUGUAUGAUAACGGUUCAGUAUUCGCUGCUUGAACUCCGGCCACCAUCUAGUACAUAUAAAUCUACUUCACUUACGUUAUUUGUUUACUGUGAAAUAUCAUCGUUGACUCACAUAUAAAAUAAUUUAGACCAAAAAUUUAAUAGAAGUUAAGUUACAUUAAACUAUUUCUAUUUCUGAAGUUUCGUAUUGUUCAUUGUUGUAUUCAUCAUAUUGACUCUUAUUCCAUUCAUUUUAUUCGUUUGAUAUCUUGUUGAUGGUUGAACUGGUAAAAAGAAAUUAACCACUACAGGAUUUUAUGCAGUAGCUUCUGAGUUCAAGCCUGAAAACAAUGAUUAACCUUACUUAGAUAGUAGAACUUAUUAAUGUGAUAUAUCUCAAAUUGUCUUAAGUGUUUCCUGUUUAUAUUUCAGACACACAUAUCGGGUGGUUUAAUAUAGUGGAUAGUCCAUGCAUUUUCUGAUGUUACUGUAUUAAUGAACAAGACCUUUGAAGAUUACAGCACACCUUGCCUUUGAUUGUUAUCUUUAUCAUUUGUUGGAUAUAUAUUGUUUAUAUCUUUUACAACGUAUAAGAUAUGCUGUACUGAUUUUUUAUUGUAGUGCACGUAUAUAUUGUUGGUUUUUUCAAUAUUUAUUGGUGUACUCAUUGUAUAUGAACACUAUAUUUUCUAGAUUUCUUUCUGUUUAGAUAGAAAUAUAUCAAGUUUUUCAGCGUAACAAGUUUUUUUUUGUAUUUCGACUAUCACAAACUGCUAUUUCUUGAACACAUAAAUUACAGUUUUAAAAUAAUGUUAAGGUUAGUGAUUCCGACUCAAACCAUCAUGAUUGUUAUAUAUGGUCGUCACUGAUUGUUAUAUCGGAAUCACUUAUUACUUAUACUUGUAAAAACAAAUACACACUACAGUUCUCACGACGCAAAAGUAAGAACACUAAAAGUGAUACAAGUGAAUAUUUAUUCACCCUAAAACACGAUGACGACGACUCGAAUCGAAAAUACACUCAUUAAUAUAUUGAUUGUAUGUUCAUUUUGAUAAUUAAUUAGGAUGGAAUUACAUGCUGCAUGUCAAUAUAGAGUAUAACUCAUGUGAAUUUAAUACGGGAAAGCAUUAACAAAUACUACACUGAGUAAUUAUCACAUUCAAUUAAAAUAGAAUUAACGUUGAGCAUAAAUCAUUAUGA